GCAUAACUACACAUGUAACGUGCUCGGGUAAAAUACCGGUUCGGAUAUAAUUAUCAUUGUGUACACGUCCAAGUGAAUCGAGAGUGACAAUAUUAUUUCAUUUGAACUUACUUUAAUUGUACAUAAUAAAUAUUUAUAUUCGAUGGAUUUUGAAUCCCCACUAUUGACAUCGUAUUGAUUAUUGAAUCAAAACAUCCAUUGCAAAUACUCUUUUAUAACUUACGUUUAGUUAAACAUUUUUCACUUACGUCUUAACACUUGUAGGGAAUUUUGUGAUAACAAGACGAUUUUUUUCACAAUAAAAAUAUUAUUAUUUCGAUAUAAAAUACUUGCUGGACAUUAAUUAUAAAAUUAGUUAAAUAAUAAUGAUAAAAUAUAACUAAUUAAUUUUCAAUUAGAAAACAAAUAUAUAAUUAAGUGGAUUUAUUAUAAAAACAAACAUCAAAACGAAUCAACAAUACAAUACAACAUAUCUGAAACUAAAUUUUAUUUGUACCGAGGAAAAAUAAUUCAAAUAAUUUUGAUAAUUUAAAAUUCAAAAAAUUCCAAACUAGUUUAACUAUGAGGCCGCUAAUAGAUGUUGAGUUUAACGAUUUAAUGUACAGUAUAUCGCAAGGUCAAAAUGAGAUUAAAGGUAUUCUUCAAAAUGUCAAUGGAUUGUUUAAAUCAGGUGAAUUAACAGCUAUUAUGGGGCCGUCAGGUGCUGGAAAGAGUACAUUACUUAACGUAUUAGCCGGUUAUAGAUGUAAUCAUGCCAAAGACUCAAUAUUUAUAAACGGCCAGCCAAGAGACAUGAGGAUAUUUAGGAAAAUGUCUCGUUACAUUAUGCAAGAAGAUUUCACACAACCAUAUUUAACUGUUUUGGAGUCCAUGGAAUUCGCAGCAGAUUUAAAGCUUGGUAGUUCAGUUUCACCAAACCAUAAACACACAAUUAUUGAAAACAUUCUUCAAAGAAUGUUGUUGUCAAAAGCGAAAAAUACUAAUACGUUAAAAUUAUCUGGAGGAGAGAAAAAAAGAUUAUCUAUAGCUUUAGAACUGAUCGGUAAUCCACAAAUUUUAUUUUUAGACGAACCAACAACUGGUUUGGACGACUUGUCGAGCUUGCAGUGCAUUUCGUUGCUGAAGGAUUUAGCAUCCGACGGUCAGACUAUUAUAUGCUCAAUUCAUACGCCUAACGAAAAAAUGUUCAAAAUGUUCGACCACGUUUAUAUUCUAAGUGAAGGUCAAUGCAUAUAUACUGGAGAAGGUCAGCAUAUUGUAAAUUAUCUUUCUUCCAUAGGGCUAAAAUGUCCAAAAUAUUAUAGUCCAGCUGAUUUUAUUAUCGAAGUGUGUAGCAAAGAAUAUGGCGACUACACCAAUAAAAUGGUUAAAGCGGUUGAAAACGGAAAGUGUUUGAGGUGGUGUAAAGAUAAAAAUAAAGUUUCAUUAAAAAGUCGAAGUAUGCAGUUCAGUUAUAAACAAUCACACUUGUACGAUUUUUCAACUUCAGGGUUGACUCAAUUCAAAGUUCUCUUCAAACGAAUGAUGAUUCAAAAUAAGAGAGAUUAUAAUUUUAUAUUGUAUUCAUUUUUAACAUACUUGCUGAUCGGUUUGCUAAUCGGCUGCACUUUUUAUAAAUUGGGAAAUAAUGCAUACUACGCUGUUUACAAUUAUGGUUUUAUUUUCAUGACAAUAACUGCUUUUAGUUACCUUCCUCUUAUGCCAGUAUUGUUAAAAUUUCCAAUUGAAAUUCGGCUUCUAGAACGGGAGUACUUCAACAGGUGGUAUGGGAUGAAUGCCUAUUUUUUUGCUCUAGCCGUUUUCAAACUUUUCUUGGCGAUAUUUUUGACAAGCGUAUUUAUAUGUAUAACUUAUUUUUUGACCGGCCAACCAUUAGAAUUAAAUCGUAUAUUAAAAUACUUCCUGGUAUGCCUUAUUGUGGCUUUGUCAGCUGAAAGUAUGGGAUACACAAUAUCAUCUUGCUUUGGUAUUACGAAUAGCGUUUUUCUUGGUCCGUGUAUAACGUGCCCAUUCAUAUUACUUGCCGGAUACGGUUUUGGCUUUAAAGAAUAUCAAAUACCCUUUCUCAUUAGAAUCGCCAUGCACUUCAGUUAUUUACGAAAAGGAUUAGAGGCGCUUGUUAUGGCAGUUUAUGAAAACCGAGGGAAAUUGGUGUGCCCACCAAGUGAAGAUUACUGUUUGAUCAACGAACCUUCAGAGUUGGUUCGCUAUAUUGCAAUGGAAAAUGUACAAUACUGGAUAUCUCUAAGUUCGCUCUGUGGUUUGUUUGUGGUGUUCAAGAUAAUGUCCUACUUGUUGUUGAGGUGGCGUUUAAGUUAUGGUCCAAUACCAUUACUUGGUCUCAGCAUCGUUAGAAGACUUGUUAAAGCUAUUAAUAACACUUUACAUAGAUGAUCUCCUAAAUAUUCACUGUAAAUAGAUUUGACAUGUUACCAUUUAACCUUUUAAAUGUUACCUGAUAAAUAUUAUUGUGAUUCUUGGUUCCGUGUAUUCGACACAACUGUAACUGCAUCUUUUCUGUACAAACUUA